AUGCUUCAUUGGAGCCUACCACUACUCCUCAGCAUUUGGUUAUUGGUGCAGAGCGCCUCAACUCUCAGUGCCUCACCAGGAACUGGAACAACUAUCAAGUACACUGCAAGUCUCGGGCAAAAUGUCGAGUGCCUUAGCGAGGUCAACGCUGCGCGUGAGGCAGCUGGGCUGCCCAACUUCACAACAGCUUCGGAUGACAAUAAAUUAAACGACCCAAAGGGAACAGAGCUAGACGACACCAACGAGUGGACAAAAGUUUGCAAGCAUUUGAUUCCAACGGAAGCAACGGAAGCAAUGGCUGGAUCGAGUCCAGCAAAUCCUUUUCAAGACGGAACAUAUGCUUUCAAGUCCUUAGAUGACACGGAACCCAAUUGCAAGGAAACAAUUGAUUACUGGAAGGCAGCCUACAAAAACUUCACUGGCCUUCCGCCAUCAAAGACUGAAGGCGAAACACUCUACAAAAAUCAAGACAACGUUUCUUUUGUAGCCCUUUACAACCCUUCAUCCAAUGCCACUGCAGACUGCCGAGUCGUCACCUGCACUCAAACGACUACCACUACUACAGGUGGUGCAGGUGGUGGGGGUGGUGAAGGUG